AUGCCAGCUCUUCUCCUCGGAACUGAGAUGCCUGAAACUGCGCCUCCAAACUCCCGGGAGUAUGGGUUCGUAGUCUCUCACCAGAAAGUCGAGUUAGAUAUAGACUUCUCGACCCAGAGCUUAUCCGGUCUUUGUGAAAUAACAAUAAUCCCGCAGACUAAAGAUCUCCGAGUAAUUAGGUUCGAUGCUCGCCAAUGUUCAAUAGUAGAUCCGGGGGUGACCAUCAAUAACAUACCCGCCAGCCACAUUCACGAUGAUCCAAUGAAAAAGAUGGAAAUUCCUAACUACUUAGAAUGGGGUGUAGAGCAGUGGGGAAUGCAAAAAGAUCGGCUAAAAACGUUGACAGACGACAAGAAAGGCGAUAAAUCGCUCGCUAUCUUUAUACCAAAGAAGGUGCCAAUAGAGGAAAUUGAUCCGUCAACUGAGAAAGCUGUACUUGGACUCGCGCAAAGGAAUAACACCACAUUAUAUACACGCAAUACAACGAAUACUCCAGAAUUGAGUACUUUUUCUACAACGCCAGUCUUAACGCCAAAGAUAGCUGCUGAACAAUCUGCAAGAUUCCAACCGUUAAUUGUAACAAUACCUUUCAUGAUAAAAAGAUUUCGGGACGGACUACACUUCGUUGGACUAGGAGAAAGUGAUGCAAGAUAUCCCCAUGUCUACACGCGACACUCUUUGAAUUCGGGAACUGCUUCGUGUAUAUUUCCAUGCAUAGAUAACCCUGCCAUGAGGUGCACAUGGGAUAUAUCAAUAAAAUUUUCACGAUACCUUGGAGAUGCGCUCAAGCGGAAGCAAUUUCCCAAGGUCUAUAAAAGUCCUCAAUUUCCUUCAGUUAAAAAAGAGAUUUCUAACGCAGUCAUAAAUAAUAUGACUGAAGAGUAUGAAAUUCCAUUAAGUGAGGAUGAAAAAUUAUUUGAAAUGACAGUAAUUUGUUCUGGAGAACUCAUAAACGAGACCACAGAUUUAAAAGAUAGUUCAAAAAAGAUUUUAUCAUUUCUUUGCAGCAACGUCGUCGCUCCUCAACACAUUGGAUUUGCUAUUGGGCCCUUUGAGACUGUUGAUCUAUCUGAUUUUCGGGAAAGUGAGGAUGAUGAUAAGCUUGGCCAAGCGCAAGUAGUUCCAGUGUUAGGCUAUUGUUUGCCAGGCCGGAGUGACGAACUCCGACACACAUGUGCACCACUGGCACACGCUCUUGAUUGGAUUCAACUAAAUUUCGGCUCAUAUCCAUUUACAGAGUAUAGACUUGUCUUUGUAGAUGACCAAAUUGAAGAUACAGAGCACACUGCGUCUCUAUCUCUUUGCAGUUCACGGCUCAUAUUUGGAGAGGACAUUAUAGAUCCGGAGAUGGAAAAUGUUAGAAAGCUCGUGCAUGCUAUUUCAAACCAGUGGAUUGGAGUUAGUAUCGUACCAAAUCAGCGGUGCGAUAGAUGGGCUACGAUUGGACUCGCAUAUUUCAUGACUGACCUUUUCGUUAGAAAGCUCUGUGGCAAUAAUGAAUAUGUAUUUCGCCAGAAACAGAUGAAUGAUCUUUGCGUCCAGGAAGAUUAUAAACGACCAUCGCUUUAUGCUUUAGGAGAAAUUUUACACAUUGGAUCAUUCGAGUCUAAAUUUAUGGCUCUCAAGGCACCACUCGUUCUAUCGAUUUUAGAUAGGCGAAUUAUUAAAGCAUCUGGUUCUGUUGGUCUCCUUCGAGUGAUUUCUAAAAUUAUUGUCACAUCUAAUACUGGAACAUCAGCCGAUAGCAUCAUAUCAACAGAAAGCUUUAGAAAAAUUACUGAGAAAAUUACAAAGUACCGACAAACAGAAUCGUUUUGGAACCAGUGGGUUUUCGGGGCAGGGUGUCCAAAAUUUGCCAUUACUCAGAAGUUUAAUAAAAAGAGAUUGUGCGUGGAGAUGACUAUUACUCAAACGCAAGACAAAAGAAUUGAGAAGUCUCAAAAAUUAGAGCGUAGAUCAUUUAUGAGAGAAUUCAAAGAAGACAUGAAAGGCGUUGAUUCAGGAGAACUACAACCAGUAUUUACCGGCCCACUCACUAUUCGGAUCCAUGAAGCAGAUGGCACGCCAUACGAGCAUAUCAUCGAGCUUCGGGAAGGCCAUGCAAAAAUUGAAAUUCCCUACAACACUAAAUAUAAACGUCUGAAACGCAACCGGCUGCAGAAAGAGCGUGCAGCAGCUGCUGAACAUGCGGGUGAUGGGGGGGAAGAAGCCCUCUACUAUUGCUUGGGUGACCUGCUAACAUCUCCCAAUGAAAUGCGGGAAUGGGGACUUACUGAUUGGGAUUCAGAACAAGAAGCUAGUAUGGCACAAGAAUCCUACGAGUGGUUACGAGUCGAUGCAGACCACGAAUGGAUAUGUGAGAAAAGCUUUACCAACAUGAGAGCUUACAUGUAUGUCUCUCAACUUCAGCAAGAUAGGGAUAUUGUAGCCCAGUACGAGUCGAUGAUUUAUCUUAGACCUCUGACAUCACAUCCCUUAGUAUCAACUUUUUUACUCCGCACCCUAAUAGAUAGGCGAUAUUUCUACGGGAUCCGUGUAAUGGGCGCAGAGUUUCUAAAGACGCAUGCGACAAAAGCACACAAUUGGGUCGGCCUCUACCAGCUGCAGAAAGUUUAUCAGGAAUUUUUCUGCUACCCUGGGACCAAAAUGUCUCGUAUCAAUGAUUUUUCUGACAAGCGCUCUUACAAUGUUGAAAAAGCUAUUGCGCGAUCUCUUUCACAGAUCCGGGCUAAAGACGGAACAUGCCCCAAGGAAGCGCGUCGCUUCCUUCUCGACAUGCUUCGUUUUAACGACAACACGAACAAUGAGUUCUCCGACCAUUUUAAAGUUGCGAACUUACUCUGUGCUUUAGCUGACUCUUUAGUCCCCACGGAAGCCGAGCCUGAUGUAAUGAAUAAUAGUGCUCAGCCACAUACUGAUGUACCUAUGGAAAAUACAAGCAUGGCAAAUGGAACUCUAGAUGUAACAAUGAAUUUUACCGAUACAGAGCCAGAAGAUUUCAAGAAUGAGGUCAUUGAGGAGUUAGAUAGGUAUAGACGAAUGGACGAGUGGAUUAAUUCAUAUCACAACAUCUUGACUGUCACUGUAUUAGAUUGCAAACAGAAACUAAUGAAAGCUAAAGUUAUCCAAUCCGAUCCAAUCGAGUUCGCUCAAUAUUUGCAUGACGGUACCUCUGAUUUUAUCCGCAUAAAGGCUGCAGAAGCAUUAGUCGAUUUAGGAUUCAUGAAUAACAAAUUUGUGUUAAAAUUACUUCUCAAUGUCUUAAGUACCGACCUCUCUCCCUAUAUACGCAAGAAUCUCUUCGAAGUUGUCUGCCUUGGCCUUGCAACCAUUGCAUUUGGUGAUCAGAUGUUGAAUGAUCCAGACUUACAAAGGUCAACGAACAUUUAUAGUAAUGUCAAGCAAAAAACAACAAAUGGAGAUUUAACCGAUGUAAUUAAAUCAGAAGGAUCUAUGGACGCUAAUGGCGACUUAAUCAUAGAAGAAAAUGUCUCUUUAGAAGAGAGAAAGGUAGCAAUCUCACGAACAUCGAGUUUGGAAGGUGCGUUAAUUGCUUUGAGGGUUGAAAUGAAAGAAAAUAUGGAACUUCGGAAAGCACUCUGGGAGGCUAUCUGUUCGCCCGUGAUUGGUCUACACGAACAACUGGACUUACUCGACUUAUGCAGCAUACUCUGUGAUCCAAAAACAUCAAUGACUGUCAAGUUAAAGUGUCCAAAGUUCUGGGAAGCGAUAAAUCUAGGAAAGGGCGUUCUUCAUUUCAAACUCACGAAAAAGAUGCGUACUUGCCCCUUGAAACCUCUUGUGUUCGGAGAAAGCCCCAAGCCCCAGGCCCUGCCCACCCCUGUUCGUCUCUCAAUUUCUGCUAGCUCAGCGCCAAGGACUUCUCUCGCAAGCAACCCCACUAUAGCUUCAAUGAAGUCGGCUUCCGUUGUGGUUAGAGCACCUGCAAAUAUAGUAUCUGCACCUACAACAGUAGCAAAUUCUCCACCAAUAGCUUUUAGGUCGCAGAACAAAUCAGCAACAACCAUAUCACUCCGGCCAUCUGGUUCAAAUAAAACACCUUCGAAGAGGGACCUUGAGUCAAAUGAAACUCUGGGCGAGCGUCCUCAUAAGGUUGUUAAGCUCAAGCCUGUUAAUAUGCAGAGAGUAGCGUUGAUUCAAUCACGCCCCCCAAAUCCAGCAGAAUUCCGAAGCAAACCAAUAUCCAAAAGCACAAAUUCGGUAUCAAAAUAUUCUAGACAUGGUAUGAGCCCUAAACCAAAAGUUCAUUCCUCGUCUCCAGGCUUGAUCUCGCAGUCAUCAUCAACGCCAUCAAUCGCAAGGUCUCGCAAACCACUCCCGGAGGCUCGAGAGGCUAGGAAACCUUUGCCGGGCGUACCAACUGGUCAUAAACAGUCAUCCGCAGUAAAUUCAAAUAGAACACCUUUGCCAACCUCUUUCUCUGCAGAACCUCCUCCAGCAAAAAAAGGGUUCAUCCUCAAGCUCAAAACCGGGGGGUAUAAGGGGGUUCCAUCAAAUAAUCCUCAAUAG